CUGGACAAGCAACUCUUGUUUCCUACUUCAUCUCGACCGGUGCUGAGCGUGUGCCAUCACUACCAGGCAUCUAAACGCAGAACCCAACUGUUCUUAUCUUCUUCCGCUUACUUGUUCAACUAUUUCCUUUUGCCUUUUCAUCCUUUUGUCUGUUCGCCCGACGUCGGAAAGAAAUCAACGAGCUGUCGGCAGCUGUUGACAUCCGCUUUGUCAGCAGGAAACUAUUCAAGAGCGCAGCGAAGAGCCUGUAUCCUCAACGUAAGCUGCUGGAACCACCAAGAAAAAGAAGAAUCAAACUAGCACACGACAUGUACGUUUCAUUGGUACGAGCCGCCUUCUUAGUUUUGACGGGUCUCGUCAUGUCAUCAGCCGCUAUGGGAAGAUUGACUGGCAGCAACGUCGACGGCAAUGAAAUCAACGAUAUUUUCCAGCCAUUGCCAGAGGAAAGCAAGCUGCCCGUCUGUGCCGGCAACACGAUAUGCGCUUACCUGCAAGCCAACGCUAGAGGAAUCAACACGCAACCGCUGUGCUCCUGUCCGGGCCUCAACCGCUGUCCGCUGCUCUGGGACAGCGAAGACGGACAUUCAAUCACACAAGGAUCAGACCAGUAUAAGUAUUGCCGUAAGGCUCCGGCGCUGCGCACCUGCCAACGGGGAAUGACGGCCUACACGACGGUGAGCCUCAUGUCCAAAUCGACGGGAAGGAUGUUGUCCCUCAACGACGUCAAUCACUGCAUUUGUCCUGGUCAAAGUGCCAACUACGACCUCGUCGACAGCCAGUUCGACGACGUCGACGACGACACCGAGUCCAUGUCAACCACCUACGUCUGCAACCCGCUCAAGACUUGCGGCGGGAGCGAGGCGUGCAAGGUGAUCACGGAGACGGCCACCACAUUCCUGGUCAACCCAAAGUGCCGCUGCGCUCACGACGGGACUUGUCCGUCCUCUAGCGUCGGCCACGCCAACAACAACGGCCGCAAGACCGAGACGGUUCGAUACGGCACCGGAGCUCUUCACAUGAUCUACUGCCACUAGAUGGCCAUCAAAUAUAGAAAAAGCAAGUAAUAAAGAGAAAUUCCUUUUUUUUUACUCUUUAGUUUGGCUUUGGUUUCUUUCGUUUUUUUUUUUAAUCAACGAGGCAAGGACGAAAGAAAAGGUUUCAAAAUAAAACAAAAAAAAAACAAAACAAACCUGACAUACACGAUUUUUCAUCUCAUGUAUAAUAUUCAAAAAUCGAUCCUUCGAGAUCCCGAUUCGUUUCUCUAUUCCAGCAGCAGCUCUCUCCUAUAUGUCUCCUUCCCCUCCGUGUUCUUUGAAUGCGACACUGGACUUCUAGGUGGCUUUCCAUCUAUUGCUAUUCUUAUUAUAUAAAAAAUAUUUCUUGGCAAUUGUAAUAUCCUUACCCCAACUCCAUCCCUCCUUUUUCCGUUUAUGUAUAAAUAUAAAUGUACCAUGGCAACAUAUUGUCAUACACCUGAUGUUGCGUACUUUUCAAUUCGAGCGCUAGACCGUAUCCAGCGCUCAGCUCCUCCUCGGCCUCAGCAAGUCCUUUUCUUCAUCUCGAGGGUUGAUGUAUAUGUCGUACAUAGAAGGAUCUAUCUACCACACGUGCUAAUUGCUGGCUUCGUUAACAACUGUAAACAUUGUUGGGUUGGUAGUUAAAAACUAACACUACCUUUCCUUGUCUUUGUGUUAUUGGUUUCGGUGUUUUCCCCUCUCUCCCGAUCCGUUUUCCUCCAUUAGAAACAACUUGAUCAUUCGAAAAGAAAAACAAAAACAGCAUGUCGUAACUUGUGGCCAAAAGAAAAAACCGAUGAAGAUAAAAGAAGUAUUUCUAAACAAAAAACAAAAAAAAUAUAUCCAACUUGGUACCAUUUCUGUUCUGAAAUCACAUCCCAAACCUGAAUCCCUAUCGACCUCUCACUCGCUAUGUGUAAUAAUAUACGAUCGAUCGAGA